CGCAAAAGGCUGAAGCUGAGGGGCUGAAACAACUUUCUUAUUCGAUUCCACCAAUGUUUUGUCAACAACUCAUCUUUUUCAUGAACCAAAUGCUAUAAGGGUGUACGGCUUGAAACUGUUACACGCCGCUUGGCCUGCGUCUUCGCGGAAUUCGCGCGCAUGCCGCGUGGAUUCGUUGACCGGUCACGGCAGAAGCUACGUGAAUGGCGUUAGCCUAAGAAAUUUUUGACAGAACGGGUCUGGACAUGCAGCACAAGUAUCAGAUCAUAUUCCACACUGGCGACGGCUGGGGAAAAGGCUGCGCUUCAGGCGUAUCGUUUGAGGUCCUGGGUACCCAAGGCCGCUUGAUUAGCAGUCAGUGCGUGCAGACGGAGGUGAAGGCUCUAAGCGCGAAACGGGAACGUGCGGCUCAGUACGCCGCUGGCAAGAAGGACAGCCUAUCUGAUGCAGCUGCGAAGGCGGGUGCUGUGGUGGGUACUGGGGCCGGGGCCCCAGCGGGCGGGCCACAACAACCCAGCACAGCAGGAACCGGUCCGCCACUAGAGAAGCGGAACGUGUUUGCUGUUUUCUCUCAGUGGCUCAAAGCCGGGGGUGGCGCGUCUCAACUGGCGGCGCUCAUGCGGGGAGCGGAUGCAGGUGGCGACGGGACGUUGUCCAUGCAGGAGGUCAAGACCCUGCUUGCAAAGGCCGUGCCGGGCGUGUCGGACGUAGAGACACAGCUGUUUGUGGCCAUGGUGGACGUGAAUGGAGAUGGCGUGAUCAGUGAGGCAGAGCUAUUGCAGAGUGUGGCGGACUGCGCCAGCAUUAACUCCACUGUCGCCGGCGGUGGUCCGGGAGCGGCUGGAACUGCCAGCGGUGGCAGCAGUGAGAUGAGCGCCGCGCUGGAGGGGCUGGUGCAGCACCUGCGCAACAGCAUUGGAGCUGUGGACGCGAAGCUGCUGGAGCUCAACCCUGUCGGCGGAUACCUUACCUUCGCGCAGCUGAAUGAGCUCUUCCAGGCAGUGGUGCCUGAAAGCAUGGGCGGCCGGGAUGCUCUGCGGACACUUUUGGCCCACUGCGCACGCACAGCCAACAUCACCGCACUUGACCCCGGCGUACACGUCUCCGAGUUCAAGCGGUGUUUCGGGCUGCAGGCGGCUGCAGCUGGCUCGGGACCGGCUGCCGCAGCUGCGGGCUGGGUACCGGGUCGGCCGCGCGAUGUGUUCAAGCUAUUGCGCUACCACGUCAAACACAACCGAGCGCAGCUGGACGAGCUGUUUCCCCGGGGCUCGGAGCUCACUGUCAACCAGGUGCGACACCUGGUGAAGCAGAUGCUGGAGUCGCGUGCGGGCGAGCCGCCGCUAACGGGCCGCGAGGCGCGGCACUUGGUGGCGGUGCUGGACGCCAAUGGCAAUGGGACGCUGUCGCGGGAGGAGUUUGAGGGCGGCCUGAAGGAAUGCAGGGAGGUGUCGACAGCUAUGGCGUGUGUGCGGGGCGGCAGCCUGGUGGGCGGCGUGAAGCCCGAGAUGCCGCUGUACCCGCCCGCCAGUCCCGAGGAGCAGCCGCCCACGUGGGGCCAGCUCCUGGCGGUGCUGCAGCAGGUGCACGAGGUUGUCAAGGGAGAUGCGGCGGAUGCGGCGUGGCAGGCCAGUGACUCUCGCAAGAAGGGCCGCAUAGACGCCUGCGAGCUGAGAAAGGUGCUGCUGGAGCUCUGCCCGGAGCUGCCACUGCAUAUGGCCCGCGCGCUGCUUAUGUACGUGGAUGCGUGGGACCCGUCGGAGCACGCGCUACUAUCUCGCAAGCACUUCCUCAUGGCACUGCGCGGCGAGCCGCCACCAGAUAGCCUGCAGGCUCCGCCCCCUGGAGCCCUUGCAGCCGGCAGCACGUCAGCUGAAGGCCUUGCUACGUUGGAGGUCGCGGCGCUCAUGGAGCUCAACCAGCGCCUGGCGCACAACCUACGUGGCCUGGGUGUUGGGCUGUGCCUGCCUGACCCCGCGCAAUGGUUGGCGUGGCACAGCAACGUCAAGACUGCCAGCCGGCCGUCAGGUACUGUCAAGGUUGGUGGUGCUCAUCAGCCAGGCACCCCCGACUUCUGGAAGUCACAAUGGAAGUGGCAUACGUCAUGGCUUCAGAAGCACUCGGCGUACCGACAGGCCAUUGCAGCCAAGGCGCAGCACCAGCAACAGGCAUUACCAUCACCGGGUGUGCUGACAGGUCUGGCGAGUGCGCCGGCCCUUGGAUCAGCCGCGGCCGCGGCAGAAGGUGUGGAUGCCGCGGAGCCCAACUGCCUGGAGGAGCCCAACAGCCUGGAGGAGCGCAUGUGGCCAAACCUCACGGUGGAGGGUGUGCCGUUCACGGGCUCCGUCUUCACGAGGGAAAGCGCUGCCGUGCUCAACAUGGGGCUGGUAGCAGAGGACGCUGGCUUACAGCAGGCAACCGCCCCUGCAGGAGACACCGGAGGAGGCCUGGCCGCUGCUGGUGUGGCUGCUCCUACCGGAGCUGCUGCGCAGGCUGCUCCUGGAUCUGCGGCGGCUGGUGUGGCUGCUGCUCCCGAAGCUGCUGUGCCGGCUGUGACAGGGCCCUUGCAGACGACUCCUGCGGCACCUGCGCUAGCCGCUCCAGGAGCUCCCACGGGGACUCCUGCACCUUCGAUUGGACUGCCUGGCCCACUUUUACAGCCAGCACUGCCCAUCCUCGGUGGCGGUACUCUCGUCGGCAGCAGCCCACGGCCCGCAACAACCAGGCACACACCAGUACCAGCCACUGGGCCUUCACCCGCUCUUCAAUCUGGUCGCGGGCCUGUUGGUGAGGCCAUUGAAGGUGCACCAGACCCAGCCGCACUGCAGCAGCCAGGGCCCGCACCGCCCGCACCUCUGCCUCCAUUACCGGCAAGUGCUCCUGUGCCCGGCAGCUGUAGCGGCGGAGCCUGCACAGAUUAUGCCGGCACCGGCACCAGCGCCAGCGUCGGCGCCGGCACCAGCACUGGCACCAGCACCGGCACCAGCACCAGCACCGGCGCCGGCCCCGGCACCGGCACCAGCGCCGGCACCAGCAUUAUCGGCGCCGGCAUCAGCACCGGCACCAGCACUAGCACCAGCACCGGCACCGGCACCGGCACCAGCACCGGCCCCGGCACCGGCCCCGGCGCCGGCACCAGCACCGGCACCGGCACCGGCACCAGCACCGGCACCAGCACCGGCAGUGGCACCAGCAACGGCACCGGCCCCGGCAUCGGCACCAGCGCCGGCACCAGCAUUAUCGGUGCCGGCACCAGCACCGGCACCAGCACCGGCACCAGCACCGGUACCGGCACCAGCACCGACACCGGCACCAGCACCGGCACCAGCACCGGCACCAGCACCAGCACCGGCCCCGGCACCGGCACCGGCGCCAGCAACGGCACCGGCCCCGGCACCGGCCCCGGCACCAGCACCGGCACCGGCACCGGCACCAGCGCCGGCACCAGCACCGGCACCUGCACCAGCCCCGUCCCCGGCCCCGGCCCCGGCCCCAGCACCAGCGCCGGCGCCAGCACCGGCCCCGGCCCCGGCACCGGCACCGGCACCGGCCCUGGCACCGGCACCAGCAUCAUCAGCGCCGGCACCGGCACCGGCACCAGCACCGGCGCCGGCACCAGCACCAGCACCAGCACCAGCACCAGCACCAGCACCGGCACCAGCACCGGCACCGGCACCAGCACCAGCACCAGCACCAGCACCAGCACCAGCACCAGCACCAGCACCGGCACCAGCACCGGCACCAGUACCGGCACCAGCACCGGCACUGGCACCAGCACCGGCGCCGGCACCGGCACCGGCACCAGCACCGGCACCGGCGCCGGCACCAGCUGCGCUGCCACUAUCAGUAAUACCUGUUGAGUCCAAGCUUCCAUUGAAGGUGCAUCCCCUGGUCGCGCCCACCCGCGUGUUGCUGUAUGAGGUGGUGCUCGCGCCUGGCGCGCAGCUGGGCAACAUGGACCAGCUGACCGUACGGGCGACCGGAGACGCCGGAAGCUGGUACUUGGAGAAGGUGGAGGUGCAGUGCGCCACCAGCGAGCCACCCCUGCUGUGGGAGGUGCACGUGCGGCGCUGGGUCGAGCCCGGGGAGGUGCUGGCCGAGCUGCGGGCCGACCCCUGCGUGUGGGAGGAGUGGGACAUGCAGGUGGACGGCGUGUCUGGGACACCGCGGGCAACGCUGUAUCUC